AUAUGUAUUACAGUGUGUGCUUUACAGUGUGUGUUUGUUACAGUGUGUGAGUGUCUGUAUUACAGUGUGUGGGUUAGUUAAUGUGUGUGUGUGUGUGUGUAUGUUCCAGUUUGUGAGAGUGUAUGUUAGUUGUGGUGUGUGUGUGUGAGAGUGUAUGUUGUGUAUAUGUAUUACAGUGUGUGGAUUAGUUAACGUGUGUUUGUUACAGUGUGUGUGUGUGUGUGUGUGUGAGUGUCUGUAAUACAGUGUGUGGGUUAGUUUGUGUGUGUGUGUUACAGUAGAGUACAGUUCCAUCAUGGCUUCUCUGCCUUCACAUGGUCCAGGAUGAUUCAGCCUGUUACUACAGACUCUUCUUCCUGGGACGCGAUUGGUUCCCGUGAAUCGGAAGGCAACGUGUGUCACACACACAAAAGAGAGAGAGAUAAAGAGGGGGGAGAGAGAGCGAGAGAGACAGAGAGAGAGAGGGGGAGAUUAUCUUAUCAUGAUGAAUGUGAGGUGUUAGUUUUAUUUGUCUCUCGCUACUUUUGUUGUUAUUUAUCUUUAUUUUAUUAACCGCCAUCACUCUCGUUGUUUGGAGCAUCGUUUCAUUGUAACUGAAUGAGCAAACUAGAGCGCGAGGCGGCCGCGUUUCCUGCUUCAUCUCUCCACCACUCAUCUGUCACGAGAACAACAAGAAGAAGCGGAAGAUCAGAGGCUGCCGCCGCCGCGCGGACAACAUGGUCGCCGGCGAGCUCGUGCAGGAGCAUCUGCGCGCGGAUGCCGGUUCACCUGACAACAUCACGGCGGUGAAGACACCGGAGUCUGACGGUGACGCAGCGGCGGUGGAGCGGCGGAAAGAGGACGACGACGCACACGCCGCCGCUGCCGCUUCCGCACUGCCGCUCCUGCCGCUGCAGGAGGAAGACAAAGAAGAAGGUGAGUUAGAAGAGAAGCCGGAUGAAAGAGAGGCGAUGCUGCCCAACGGAGGAGCAGGAGAAGCGGCGGCAGAGGAGGAGGAGGAGGAGGAGACGCGCCUGGAGACGCGGCUGUACCUGCGCCGCUUCGCCGUGCUCGCCGUCUUCAGCCUGUACUCGCUGGUCAACGCCUUCCAGUGGAUUCACUACAGCAUCAUCGCCAACGUGUUCACGAGCUACUACGGCGUCAGCAACAGCGAGGUGGACUGGCUCUCCAUCGUCUACAUGGUCGCCUACGUGCCGCUCAUCUUCCCCGCCACCUGGCUGCUGGACCGCCGGGGGCUGCGGCUUACCGCGCUGAUCGGCGCGGGCCUCAACUGCGCCGGCGCGUGGCUCAAGUGCGCCAGCGUCCGGCCCGACCUGUUCGGGGUCACCAUGGCGGCGCAGGUCGUCUGCUCCGUGGCGCAGGUCUUCAUCCUCGGCCUGCCGUCCCGCCUCGCCUCGGUGUGGUUCGGCCCCCGCGAGGUCUCCACGGCGUGCGCCGCAGCCGUGCUGGGGAACCAGCUGGGCGUCGCCAUCGGCUUCCUGCUGCCUCCGGUGUUGGUUCCCACCACUCCUGAUGACGUGGAGCUGACAGGUCACAACAUCAGGGUGAUGUUCUACUGCACGGCCGCCGUCUCCACCGCCCUCUUCCUCCUCACAUUUAUAGUCAUCAGGGAUCGUCCAGCCCACCCCCCCAGUCAGGCCCAGGCUGUCCUACCAGACACUCCUUCCGAUGAUUACUCCUACAAGCAGUCCAUCCUCAACCUGAUCAAGAAUAAAGCCUUCAUCCUGCUGCUCAUCAGCUACGGCAUACUCACUGGAGCCUUCUACUCCGUCUCGACACUCCUCAACCAGAUGAUCAUGGCCUGCUAUGAGAACCAGCAGUUGAACGCUGGGAGAAUUGGUUUGACCCUGGUUGUCGCUGGAAUGGUUGGGUCCAUCCUCUGUGGUCUGUGGCUGGACCACACCAAGACAUACAAGAUGACGACUCUGAUAGUUUACGUCCUGUCGUUUCUGGGCAUGGUGGUCUUCACCUUCACUCUGGACCUGGACAACAUCUACCUGGUCUUCUUCACCGGUGGAGUCCUGGGGUUCUUCAUGACUGGUUACCUGCCGCUGGGCUUUGAGUUCGGCGUGGAGAUCACUUACCCAGAGUCUGAAGGAACGUCGUCAGGCCUCCUCAACGCGUUCGCUCAGAUAUUCGGGAUCAUUUUCACACUGAUUCAGGGCAGACUGACCACAGAUUACAAUCCUCUGGUUGGAAACAUCUUCCUCUGUGUUUGGAUCUUACUUGGAAUAUUGCUCACAGCGUUAAUCAAGUCAGAACUGAAAAGACACAACGUCAACAUGGGAGCAGCCGGUAAAAACCUGCGAGCGGUUCCUAAUGAGUGUCCCUAGGACAGCCCCGUAGACAAGAAACCCAACGCAGUCGAGCUGGAGUCGUCACACAGCUUCUCCUGUGAAACCUCCCUGUGAAACCUGAACCCGAAGUCUCUAAAUCACAGGACAGAGAGGAAGUCUCCUGUCUCCCUGCUGCCCUGGGAAACAUGUUGGCACCACAGUCUAUGUGAUGCACCGAAAGGUGAACUUGAUUUUUAUUGCCAAGCAUAAUUUCUUGGAUGUCUUGGAAAUGUUUAAAGCUCUGGAUGUGAGCCAAUCAAGCAUUGCUUCACUCUACACUGGGGGAGGGACUAAGAGGCACCAAAUGGGGGUUGGUUAAACCUUCUAUCCAACACUGUUUUGAAAGGAGACCCAGGUCCUUCAAAUCCCCAAACUCCUGGACAGAUGAAGUUUUCUGUUUUUUUUCUCUUGAUGGAGUCAUUUUAGAUGAAAGUAAACUGAAGAAGAACUGCACGCAGAAGUUCCUCUGCAAUUUGGUUGUAAUGGAGUUUGCGAAGUGUGGCACCUUCCAUGGAAACCGGACUGCUGACUUCAGAGGAAUCACAGGUCUACACGACUGGACAAUGGAAUUUGGUGAUAAUUGGCAUCGGUACAGGUCUGAUACUUGUUAAAGUCACUGGAUCUCUCACUCACUCAUUGUCUACCACUCCAUCCUCCAUCACAAUCCCAGCUGACAUAGGGCGGUAGGCGGGGUCACACCCUGUCCAUCGCAGGGCCACACACAUAGAGACAAACAACUGUUCACUCGCACUCUCACACCUAUGGUUUAGAGUGUCCAGUUGACCUAAUCCCCAUAUUGCAUGUUCUUGGACUGUGGGAGGAAGCCGGAGAACCCGGAGCAAACCCACACGCACACAGGGAGAACAUGCAAACACAUGGAAAGGCCGGCUGUCAGACUUUGGCAAAAGAAAAACACAAUAUCUGACCACAGGCGUGAGCACAAAUGUGUUAUUAAUAGCUUGUUGGUUGAUGUGCUACAAGCGAGAGUAGCGUCGAGUCAUUCCUGGUAUAGAAUUCUUCACAGGUGCAAAAAAUGUGUUACUUUCUGUGAUGUUCUACCCAACCCGGUCCCAUCCACUGGAACCAAACCCAGAUAAAAUGUAACGUGACCAUGUCCUGAGUUCAAAGCACAACCGUAAAAACACUUGCACAGUGCAAUGUCCACAAAAAGAAAAUGUUACGUGGAGCUGAGAACGUUGCAUCUCGUAUCGUAGGAUUUUGUUACGUUUCCUACAAAAUGGACAGCAGACGCACAAAUAUGUAACACAACAAAUACUGGACUUUACAUCGCUUUAUUUACCAGCUGUUACAUGUAAAAAAAAAACUAAACCUAAACCAGUUAUGCAUCAAAAUGAAUGAUUGGAAGUAACUUUAUACACUUAAUUUGUCCUUUAAUUAAUAAUGUGUGCCCUCACUGUCCUUCUUUUCUGCCACUAUUCAGAUCAACAAAUGAGUAAAAUGCGUUAUUGCAGAUUAAGAUUAAGAUUAAACAGAGACUUCACUACAGCAGUCCCAACUUUGCCUGUUAAAACAUUUAAGAACUUAAACCCAUGAAAAAUGAUUUUCACCCUUUUUUUCUUCAUAAUAAGUACUUAUAACUCCUAUACAUUUGUACUUUAAUGCUAAUACUUUUGCGUAUGUAGGAAUUUUACUUUUUAAUUAUUUAUUUAAGUUUGUUUUUUUUCUUCAUUAUUUUAAUGUGGAGACAAAAUAACCGAAGCCCCAAGUCAGUCCUCAUAAGAAAAAGCUGUUAUUUAACUGCGCGCUCGUGUCUUUUCUAAAAGCGACUGUCAAAUACUUUUUUUGGUAGAAAAGCAGAUUGUCCUCAGUGACACAGAGGAGACGAGACACUCCGUAAAAUGACACUGCCGCCAUCUGCUGGACCGAUUAUGAAACUUUUUUGUACAGUAAGCACUCUUCACUUACACAUGCACAUUUACACACAUGUGGUCCAGGUGGGAAGACGCUGCCGGAAUCCCCUUUAAAAUCUGACACUUUGGCGUCAUUGUGACACUGUAUGCAGAUGAUGUGACGUUCUAUCUGUGAAACACUGGAGAAUUCUGACAAUAAAAGUGUUUUACUGCAA